UGCUUGCUUUCCAGUCCGCCUAGUGCGCUACAGCGAAGAGAUGUCCUGGGUCCCUGUCUUUAUCAUCUGAGUUGGCUUUAGGAAUGCCAGGAAUAAACAAAAGGGGCAGGGGGCUCAGCCCGCCGUCCCUUCCCCAAGAGAGGCUUAGGAGAGAAGGGACUAACCAGAGAACUGGAGGGAGUGAGAGAGGGAGCAAUCGGAGCAUGAGGAAGGGUCAGCACGGGUUUGGUUCGGAGCUGAAGUCCGCUGAGCCAACAGGGCUCCAGCGUGCGGCGGGAGGGGAGUCUCCAGGACUGUGUUCCCUCUGUUUAAAGUCUCCAGAUCCGGAGCGGAGCAGCCCCCCCAUGCUGUCUGCGGACGAUGCCGAGUACCCGCGGGAGUACCGGACCCUGGGGGGAGGGGGCGGCGGGGGCGGCGGGGGCCGGCGCUUCUCCAACGUGGGGCUGGUGCACACGUCGGAGCGGCGGCACACGGUGAUCGCCGCCCAGAGCCUGGAGGCGCUCAGCGGUCUCCAGAAGGCGGACGCCGACCGCAAGCGUGAUGCCUUCAUGGACCACCUGAAGAGCAAGUACCCGCAGCACGCCCUGGCCCUUCGAGGCCAGCAGGACAGGAUGCGCGAGCAGGUUGGUGGCUGGACCGUGGACCCUGUGUGCCUCCUCAGCUCCCUCUGCUCCCACCUCCAUGGCGACUCCGCCCCCUCCGGGGCUGGCCAGCCUGCCCAGCAGCCAAACUACUGGAGUUUCAAGACACGCAGCUCGCGCCACACUCAGGGAGCCCAGCCGGGGCUGGCAGACCAGGCAGCCAAGCUGUCCUACGCCUCGGCUGAGUCGCUGGAGACCAUGUCGGAGGCUGAGCUGCCCCUGGGCUUUAGCAGGAUGAACCGCUUCCGACAGAGCCUGCCCCUCUCGCGCUCAGCCAGUCAGACCAAACUGCGAUCUCCAGGGGUGCUGUUCCUGCAGUUCGGGGAGGAGACGCGGCGCGUGCACAUCACGCACGAGGUCAGCAGCCUGGACACGCUGCACGCACUCAUCGCGCACAUGUUCCCGCAGAAGCUCACCAUGGGCAUGCUCAAGUCGCCAAACACCGCCAUCCUCAUCAAAGACGAGGCGCGCAACGUCUUCUACGAGCUGGAGGACGUUCGGGAUAUCCAGGAUCGCAGUAUUAUCAAGAUCUAUAGGAAGGAGCCACUGUAUGCUGCUUUCCCUGGCUCACACCUCACCAACGGGGACCUUCGGAGAGAGAUGGUGUACGCGUCCCGGGAGUCAUCACCCACGCGGCGCCUCAACAACCUGUCGCCGGCACCGCACCUGGCAUCUGGCUCACCGCCGCCUGGGCUACCAUCUGGGCUGCCGUCGGGGCUGCCGUCGGGUUCCCCAUCGCGCUCGCGUCUUUCCUAUGCUGGGGGGCGCCCGCCCUCCUACGCUGGCAGCCCAGUGCAUCACGCGGCCGAGCGACUGGGAGGUGCCCCUGCAGCCCAGGGCGUCAGUCCCAGUCCAAGCGCCAUCCUGGAGCGUCGCGACGUCAAGCCGGACGAGGACCUGGCGGGCAAAACGGGUGGCAUGGUGCUGGUGAAGGGCGAGGGCCUCUAUGCGGAUCCCUACGGGCUGCUGCACGAGGGUCGCCUGAGCCUGGCCGCGGCCGCCGGCGACCCGUUCGCCUACCCGGGCGCAGGUGGCUUGUACAAACGCGGCUCGGUGCGCUCGCUUAGCACCUACUCAGCUGCUGCGCUGCAGUCGGACCUGGAGGACUCGCUGUACAAGGCGGCAGGCGGCGGCGGCGCGAUCUAUGGCGACAGCUAUGGUUUCCGCCUGCCGCCCUCAUCGCCGCAGAAACUGGCGGACGUGGCGGCUCCCCCCGGAGGGCCUCCGCCGCCGCACAGCCCAUACUCAGGGCCACCUAGCCGGGGCUCGCCGGUGCGCCAGUCCUUCCGCAAAGACUCCGGUUCUUCGUCGGUCUUCGCCGAGAGUCCUGGAGGCAAAACCCGCAGCACCACGGGCUCCUCCACAGCCGGAGCGCCCCCUUCCGAGCUCUUCCCUGGGCCUGGGGAGCGCUCACUCGUCGGGUUCGGGCCACCAGUGCCAGCCAAGGACACGGAGACCAGGGAGCGCAUGGAGGCCAUGGAGAAGCAGAUUGCCAGCCUCACAGGCCUGGUGCAGAGUGCUCUACUUCGAGGCUCAGAGCCUGAGACCCCCAGUGAGAAGAUUGAAGGCUCCAAUGGAGCAGCCACCCCAUCCGCACCAUUCGCAUCAGGCAGCAGAAGCAGUGGCGCAACCCCUGUGUCGGGCCCUCCUCCUCCCUCAGCCAGCAGCACCCCUGCAGGGCAGCCCACCGCUAUCAGCCGUCUGCAGAUGCAGCUCCACUUGCGUGGCCUGCAGAACAGCACCAGUGACCUGCGUGGUCAACUUCAGCAGCUGCGAAAGCUCCAGCUCCAGAACCAGGAGUCCGUGCGCGCGCUGCUUAAGCGCACAGAGGCGGAGCUGAGCAUGCGCGUGUCAGAGGCGGCGCGGCGGCAGGAGGACCCGCUGCAGCGGCAGCGCACCCUGGUGGAGGAGGAGAGGCUGCGCUACCUCAACGACGAGGAGCUCAUCACCCAGCAGCUCAAUGACCUGGAGAAGUCAGUGGAGAAGAUCCAGAGGGAUGUGUCCCACAAUCACCGGCUGGUGCCCGGCCCUGAGCUGGAGGAGAAGGCGCUGCUGCUGAAGCAGCUGGGGGAGACGCUGACCGAGCUCAAGGCUCACUUCCCAGGCCUGCAGAGCAAGAUGCGGGUAGUGCUGCGUGUGGAGGUGGAGGCAGUGAAGUUCCUGAAGGAGGAACCACAGCGUCUGGAUGGGCUCCUCAAGCGCUGCCGUGGGGUCACAGACACGCUGGCCCAGAUCCGCAGGCAAGUGGAUGAGGGCGUGUGGCCACCCCCCAACAACCUCCUCAGUCAGUCCCCCAAGAAGGUGACAGCCGAGACCGACUUCAACAAGGGGUUGGACUUUGAGAUGCCACCCCCCAGUCCUCCACUGAACCUCCAUGAACUGAGCGGGCCGGCUGAGGGAGCCCCUCUCACCCCCAAGGGCAGCAACCCCACCAAAGGCCUGGAUACUUCUGGCAAAAGAAGUGUGGACAAGGCUGUGUCUGUUGAGGCUGCAGAGCGAGACUGGGAAGAGAAGCGGGCAGCCCUGACCCAGUACAGUGCCAAGGACAUCAAUCGGCUACUGGAGGAGACGCAGGCAGAGCUACUCAAGGCCAUUCCUGACCUGGACUGUGCCAGCAAGGCCCACCCGGGCCCAGCCCCCACCCCGGACCACAAGCCCCCCAAGGCACCCCAUGGCCAGAAGGCAGCUCCCCGAACGGAGCCUAGUGGGAGGAGGGGCUCAGAUGAGCUGACAGUACCCCGCUACCGCACGGAGAAGCCCUCCAAGUCACCCCCGCCACCCCCUCCCCGCCGGAGCUUCCCUUCUUCCCAUGGUCUGACCACCACACGCACUGGAGAGGUGGUGGUCACCAGCAAGAAAGACUCGGCCUUCAUCAAGAAGGCUGAGUCUGAGGAACUGGAGGUACAGAAGCCCCAAGUGAAGCUGCGCCGGGCUGUGUCUGAGGUGGCCCGCCCGGCCUCCACGCCACCCAUCAUGGCCUCUGCCAUCAAGGAUGAGGACGAUGAGGACCGCAUCAUCGCCGAGCUGGAGGUGUUUGAGAGAAGCUCAGUGUCCUCCCUUCCCCCCACGCCCCGCCGCCAGCCGAUCCCCACCUUGCUGUCCCCCCAGGACCUGGGGUCUCCCGGGGGCGCAGCCCUGGGCCCCACAUGGAAGGCUGCCCCCGGUCCCAGGGCCUUCUGCGUCCCGAGGAUCAUCUUGACAGAGUGCGCUCCCAACCCUCCCUCCCCGCCAGAGGCCAGGUUUGAGGAACCAGGUCCCACAACAGCCCCCACACCAAGACCCCGGACCCUGGCUGGCAAUGGGAGGACCUGGGAUGACCCACAGGCCCUGCCUGGGCUCAGGGCGGAGACUCCCUGGCCCAGCUCCAUGCCUGAGAAGGAAGGGACAGCUUGGAAGAGCCUGAGCAUGGGAAGCCGUAGCCCAGAGGAUGGAAAAGCCAGAGCCCCCUGUCCUUGGGGACCAAACCCGAAUGAGACUCAGGAGCCCUCAGCUGCUGAGACCCACUUGAAGGAGACCUCCAAGGACUCUGGACAUGACGCUCAAACCUGCCAUGGGGAGCAGCCUGCAGCUGGCCAAGGCUACAAAGUGCUGGAUGUCAUCCCACAGCGAAUGGACAGCCUGGAGGAGACCCUCCGGGAACUAGAAGCCACCCUGAGCGAGAUGGGCACAGCCCCUGCAGCAGGGCCCCCUGGCAGCUCCUCACCCCAGCCCCUCAGCCCCCAGAGUGGUGGUGGCAGCGUGCCACCCAUGAAGGUGGUGACUCCGGGAGCCUCUCGGCUGAAGGCGGCCCAGGGCCAAGCAAGCAGCCCUGACAAAGGAAAGCACGGCAAGCAGAGGGCUGAGUACAUGAGGAUCCAGGCCCAGCAGCAGGCCACUAAACCAUCUAAAGAGAUGAGCGGGUCGAAUGAGACCUCAAGCCCAGUCUCAGAAAAGCCCUCGGCUUCCAGAACCUCCAUCCCUGUAUUGACUUCCUUUGGGGCAAGGAAUUCUUCCAUCUCCUUCUAGAAGCCCCUCACGCCUCCACCCCAGCCUGUCCCCUCCCUCACUCCUGCCAUCUCUCCCUACUCUUCUUCCCUUCAUCCCCCACUGCCACCCUGUCCUCCAGACCCUGGGAAGGGUUGUCAUGGGCAUGGCCCUCCUCAGAUCUCUGUCCUCAUCCCUCAGCUGGUGUUUUUGGUUUUUUAAAUGAUUCACUUUUAAUUGUCUUUUUUUUUUUUAAACCAACAGAAGAGUACAAUUAAAAACCAAACACGCCACCUCCCUUUGACUUCCCGUUCCCAGAUGGCCUGUCCUGGGCCCACUUCCUGUCAUCUUCUCUCCCUUUUCUCUUUCGCCACUUGUCCUCCCAAGUCCAUCCUGAAGUUCCUGCUCCCUGCCUCCCUCCCCUCCUUCCCCCUAACUUCCCAAGAACACUCCAAACAAACUCUGAGCCACGGAGACUUGGAGCGGCAAGAGGUCCCUCUCCCCUUCCUCCGAACCUGCCUGGAGGAACCUGUGGACAUUGGACCAACCCCUGCAUCAGGCUGGACAAUGGGAUGAUGGGACGAUGGGACGAUGGGACGAGGGAGGCCCUAGCCCUGGAGAGGCCCCACUCCCUGUCCAGCCUCCAGGAGACUGGACUUUGCUGCUACUCUGCCCGCUGCCUCUCACCCCCAGUGGGCCUGGAGGCAAGACGGACAGGACCAGCCAGAGAGGAGGCCCAAGUCUGAGAGGCCUGAGGCAGGGUGUGAGGCCAGGAGACCAAGGCAGCAGUCGGGGAGGAGCUGUCUUACUGGGGCGCAGCACCCCACUUGGCAAGGGCUGGCUGGCCUGUGCUAGUGGGGGAGGGAAGCUCUCAGAGGCUGCUGUGGAGGCUGGGCGGAGGGAGGCCUGCCACCGGGGCUCGGCCUUGGGAGAGGGCAGCCCCCGGGAGGGGCAUUUGGUACUUUUAGUUUCCUAAUUUAGCACUUUAAAUGCCAUUAACUUAUUUAAUGGGGUUGGGGUGGGCAAGAUUGAAGGGCCUAGAAAUGAAGGCCCGGAGGGCGGGAAGGCUCUGGUUGUGAGGGAGAUGGGGAGAAUAGAGAAGGGAUUGGUGGGGGGCAGUGAGGACAGCUCUGACCCCACAAGUGGGAUGAUCUGACCUUCAACCCUGCUCUUUGUGAUUUGAGGGUUUUCAGGGAAGGGAUGAGUUGUAGUUUCUCCGUGGGGAUCUGGUGACCACUGGUGAGAUGUUUGAGGGUCCCCGAGUCCUGAGCAGCCAGCCAGUGUCCCGGCCUGUGAAAGCCCUGACCCGCAGAGGCCUUGGGCAGCGAAGACUGGCUUUUGGCCAGGCCCUGGAGAGAGGAAGGAGAGGCUGAUGAUUUGGGUUCUCAGUCCUGGCCCCCCAGGGGGUACAGAAAGGGAUGGGCAGGAAGACUGGGGAGGAGGAUGGAGUCGGCUCCCGGGCACAGGGUUCUGAUCUGGAGCACAAAGUGGAGUAAGCACAGGGAGGGGGCAUCGGGAUUCGUCCCCAGUAAGCACAGAAAGAAGGAGCCGCUGGAGGGAACAGACCCCAAGAACCUGGGGCCUGGCAGGGGAAGGUCAGCGCUGGGGGUUCGGGGAGCU